GGGUGCCGCCCCCGGACGCAGUCGGGGGAAAAAUGGCGUCGUUGUCGGGUUCGGGUGGGCAUCAGCACUCCCAGUCCUGGCAGUUAAGGACUGCCGCGCCAUUGACGCAGCUCAACCGCAGCCUGGACAGGGUGCUGGAGGAGGCUGUGCACUCCGGGAUCCUCAACCUCAGCGGCCGCAAGCUGAAGGAGUUCCCGGCGGUGAGCUACGAUUUGACAGAUACAGUGCAGGCAGAUCUCUCAAAGAACAGAUUAAUUGAACUUCCACAAGAAGUUUGCUUGUUUGCACCAUUGGAGACAUUACAUUUGUAUCACAAUUGCAUCAAAUGCAUUCCAGAAGCUGUUGUUAAUCUGCAAAUGUUAACUUUCUUAAAUAUUAGUCGAAAUCUUCUACCAACAUUGCCAAAAUAUUUAUUUAAUCUUCCACUUAAAGUUUUAGUUGUAAGCAACAAUAAGUUAGUAUCCCUUCCAGAAGAAAUUGGAAAGCUUAAAGACCUAAUGGAAUUGGAUGUUAGUUGUAAUGAAAUUCAAAUUCUCCCUCAUCAAAUAGAAAAACUUCAGUCGCUCAGAGAAUUAAAUAUACGCAGGAACCACCUGCAGGUGUUACCUGAUGAAUUGGCAGAACUUCCUCUGGUAAAAUUAGACUUUUCCUGCAAUAAGGUCACAGAAAUACCCAUCUGUUUUAGAAAAUUGCGAUACCUUCAGGUUAUAAUAUUAGAUAACAACCCAAUGCAGUCACCUCCAGCACAGAUUUGUCUAAAAGGUAAAGUGCACAUAUUCAAAUUCCUGAAUAUGCAAUCAUGCCGGAUAGACAAAAAGCCGGAUUCUCUGGACCUCCCUUCUUUGGAUAAGAGAGCACUUCCUCAACCUCUUACAGACAGCAUGGAAGACUUUUAUCCAGUGAAAAACCACGGUCCUGACUCGGGCAUUGGUAGUGAUAAUGGUGAUAAGCGGUUGUCUACAACUGAACCCUCAGAUGAUGAUACAAUUAGCCUACAUUCUCAGGUAUCUGAAAUAACCAAGGAUUUGCCUCUCAAAUCAGACAAUCAUUUAGUUGGGGACAAACACAAUUCUCUCAAAACCUCAUUGGACCAAGAGCAUUUAGACUUGAUUGAUAAUGCAGAUGAGGAGGAGACACCACCAUCUGAAGCUGGAGAUGUUCAUCGAAUUCCUCCAUUUGUUACUUAUUUAAAAGAACGAGGAAAGUUGCCUGAAAAAUCACAGCUUGCAAAAGAUAAUAACUGGGGAGAUGAACCACGGCCUUCAAGGGAUUUGCAGACAAUGAUACGAGAUGAGGACGAGUUGAAGGAAGUAACUGAUUUGCGUAAAAUAGCUGCUCAAUUAUUGCAGCAAGAGCCACAAAACAGACUUUUUGCUCAGUCCUGUUCAGUAAGUGCAAGAGAAAGGAAGAAAAAAUCUUUGGAGUCUGAGAGGUCAGCAGAUAAAGCAACAUCACCAGGAUCACCGUACAGAUGUCGUUCUAUGGGUCUUUCUGGUGAAGUUGAGAAGAAACCGGAGGUAACCAGUGCAGAUCAGAAAUACACUGAGGCACAGCAGCAUGCAAAAUGGCGUCAUGAAGAAAGGCGGCAUAUUAAACAAAUGAGAAAAGAUCAUAUGAAGCUAAAAUCUUCAAAGAAAAACAAAGAGGAAUUUGAAUAUGAAAAUGAACCUGAUAAUGAAACUACACAUGUGCCUUCAUCUUCUGUUCAAAUCAUAAAUUCAUUUCCUUCUGCCCAGGCAACAUCCAGUGUAUCAUUUGAGGAGGAUGAUCGUUCCACUCAACCCUCACCAGUACCUUUUGGUCUCAAGCCUAGAUCAGCAUUUACACGUCCAUCGCGUCAGGAACUUGGAGCAGUUGACCCAGGUUUUACUAUCAGAAGGAAGAUGGAACACCUAAGAGAAGAAUUAGAACAAAUUAGGCAGCUUAAACAGAACCUUGAAUUAAGAUUAAAGGUUAUUUUACCAGAAGAUGUAGGUGCAGCAUUGAUGGAUGGGGUGGUACUUUGUCAUCUUGCCAAUCAUAUUCGGCCACGAUCAGUGGCGAGCAUCCACGUUCCAUCACCAGCAGUGCCUAAACUGAGUAUGGCAAAGUGCAGAAGGAAUGUUGAAAAUUUUCUCGAAGCUUGCAGAAAAUUGGGGGUUCCAGAGGAUAAACUUUGUCUUCCUCAUCAUAUAUUGGAAGAAAGGGGACUGGUGAAAGUGGGUUCUACAGUGCAAGCUCUACUUGAACUACCUACAUCUAAACACACGCAAUUAUCUGCUGUGUAAUUAACAUUCUUGGUUGACAGUCAAGGUUAAAAUAAGUUAUUGUAUUUGUUGAAAUAAUAGUUAAGCCAUUUUCUUUUAAAAUCCAAUGCAAAAGCUCUCACUACUUAAGCCAGCAGUUGGAUGAAAUAUCCAUGUUUAUCUGUUUUGUCAGGUACUGUAUUUACAUCCAGCAAGCCACACCUGCCAUGCUACAAAGUUCAGAAUAAGAUGUUUGUCAUUUUCCUGAUCUCUGUCAUCAGAUAGGAAGCUUCCUCUAUCGAGGUUUAAGAGGAAAAAUCAUUCUCACAACAUUGUUUAAUUAUUCAUAGUAUUCAGGCUAUUUCCUCCUCCCACUAGCUCGACAAACUUUCACUUCUAAUCAAACUUAUCCUUGUGUUAACACAAGAAAAGAUUUUCAAUGCUUUAACGAUCUUUUGGUUUUUGUAUAAUGACUUUUUUUUUAUAGCUCUGUUAUGUUUAUGACUGUUAUGUUUAGGUUUAAGAGUUGGUCAGUAAAUUUUACUUUAAUUGGUGCCCACUAGUGCCAUUGUUUUCUCAGGGCUAUUAGCUUUUCUAUGUCGGACUCAACAACUGGUUCAUACUUUUUUUUUUAUAUAUUGUGUGCCAUUGAGCCUUUUUAAAAUAUAAGACCUCCAUGACUGUUCCUGUUAGCUCAGACUACUUGAAUUUUUGAAGUAUGCCAGAUUUGUGAGAGACUAGAAUAAAAACAGAAAAUGCUGGAAAUACUCAAAAGGAUCUGACAGCCACUGUGAAGUCAAACCAAGUCAACCUUUAGGGUCUGUAACCUGUUACCUGAUGAUGCUUGACUUGAGUAUUUCCAGAACUUUGUUUUAUUUCAGACUUCCACCAUCCGCAAUAUUUUAUCUUUACUGAAAUGAUGUAGGACUUACUAAUGACUCACAAAGAAGUUGGAAAUGAAGCCUUUCAGGCAUCUGUCAUGUCUUUAAGACAUUUACUGUAUUUCAUUUAAUAUUGAAAACUAUCAAAAAGCAGUUUAAUAAACUGACUUUAAAUCAGCUUUGUAGGAGGAGUUGUACGAGCCAAAAUUAUUGUUGCCUGCUUUGGAUGUACAAGCAAAGUCUUUACUGUGCUAAUUUCUGCGACAGCAGGGUAUUGAGCAAAGGGACCUUACAUUGUAUCUGACAGCAGUGUCUAUUAGUGUGAGACUUAAUAUUAAUGUUAGACGAGUGCCAUUCAGUGAGUUGUAACACAGUCUUGAGUAGGCCUUACAGCUGGCAGUAAACAUGCUUCAGUACUGACUGGCUGUAAAAGGCAUCUGUCAAAAGUCCCCACUUUCACAUCCAGAGUAAUUUCUGAUUCCAACCUGUAGAAAAUUUUUCUAUCGAUAACUUCACAACCUUUCUCUGAGAAGAAAAUAUCAUGUGGUUGAUGUAUAUAGAAUGUGGGCUUACAUAUGGGCGGGUCAUAAGACUGAUUUAUGUUUUUCUCAUAUUUGGGUUUCAUGUCACUAAGCAAAAGCUCAUGUUCUUUGUUUUUGGAGAACCUCUGUAUUUACUAGCCUCUUCAUGCUGACCUGCACAGUGGUGGCUACUCAUUCACAGUUCAUUGUAAACUCCCCUUCACUGAAUCUUUCAUCUCCUAAUGUGGCAAAGUUUAGGAUUCUGGCCUUCCCUUGUGAACAAAGACAGUUCAGUAUCUCUUUGUAUCUAUCAAGCUUUUGUAUGUCUCACUUUUCACUUUGGCUUAUGAUUCUUCACCAACAUCUUGGUCAUGUGUGCAUCAGACUUAAAGCUGUUACUAGAUCCAAAUGCUCCUUAACAAGACUUCGGCCAAAAACCUAAGGCCCAAGCUAAACUAACGAGGAGUCACCAGGACUGGGAGAAAAUCCAAAAGGUGCCGGUGUUUUCUUUGAAUACUAAUGGGGGUUAAAUACAUUUAAAGUAUGAAAAUGCUAGUUUGGAAAAAUAAUACUUUAUACCAUUAUCCAUUAUUAAAUUGUUCUCCUAACUGAAAGGUUCAUCAAUCAUGGAGAGUAAAUUGCUGAGAAGGUGCUCAAUUCCUAGUUGCCUAGUGUUUCCAGAUUUUAGAGACCGACUCUAAUAUGUGGCUGAAAACUAGUUGACUAUUGAUUCAUCUUGCAAAAUUUAAUUUUAAAAGGACUUUUUAAAAAGAUGUUUUCAAUUGUGUUCUGUUACUUGUGUUCAAUUCAAAGUGCACUAUUUUGGCUUCACACUUCCCCAUUACCUUUCACCUUUCGACAUAAUCUGACCAUGACCUUCUGUAAAUUUAUGCUCUAUCUACACAAUGUACUGUGCCUCAACUUCAGUGUUAUCUCCACAUUGAGGUAUGCAACGUUGUUCCUUCUUCCAAAAAAAUGGUUACAAAUUGACUUUUGAGAAAUCUUGCAUCCUUACUUUGCCUCUUACUUUCCAAGCAAUUACUAAAUGAUUGGGAACAUGCCACAAUUAUCCAAAAGCGGAGUCUGAAACCAAGGAAAAUAGUGCAGGAUUUAAUUUCUAAUGAGGCAAACAUUUGCAUGUGGAAGGGUUGCACUGUGAGGGUCAUCAUGAAUUCUUAAUUUGAAGAUUUAUUGUCUAAAGGUUUUAAUUCACUGAUAAGAUCUCUGGAAUGAAGAAUUCUCAAUAUGUUGGUCAACUUUCUAUGUGCUCCAAUACAAAGCAAGUGCAAUCCCAGCUUCCAUUUUAAACUACUGUUACAUAUUUAACAAAGUUAUAUCUUAAAGGUUAAUAGUUGGCUAAUGGGUAUUAAUCUGGCAUUAGAAACCAGAUAGUGCUGUAGCACAUUCCUGAUCAAUCAGAGGGCUACAAAUAACUGCCAGAUGCCAAGUUUUUAAAUAGUUUCAAAUUUGAAACUGUGUAUGUUCUGCAAAAACUGUUCGCAGCAGGAAUGGAGCUUGUACUGCAUUACUUGGUACAACAUUAUAUUCCUCAGGACCAAGGAACUAAACUAUUGCUGCAUUUUCUAUUUCAGAACUAUGGGCUGAUUUGAUUAAUUUCUUCAGAAAGAAAAAUACUUGCUUCUUCCUCCAAAUAUAUAGCUAAACAUCUAAGCCUAAAGACAUUUUUGUUGAUAUAAAAUGACAUAAAUGAAAGUGCAAAGAAAUACUUUAAGGAUAAAUCAGUGACUAGCAUGCAGUAUUGAGAUGUCAGUGCAGCAUAGAGUGUUUGCCAGGAAUGUGAAUCAAUGAAGGUUACAUUUAUUGAUCAUUCCAAAUUAGCCUGUAAAGGUGGUAGUUUGAGAUUUUGUGUUUGAACUGUAUUAAUCCUUAUUGUGAUGGUCCCACAUAGGGAAUUCCAUGACAUUGACUUGUUGACAAUGAAGACGCUGUGACAUGUCCAAGUGAAGAUGAUGCAAUAUGAUAAUGGCAUUUGCAUUAAAGUGCUAGUCUUGAUAGUAGAGGUUAUAGAGUUUGAAAAGGUGAACUUGGGGAACUGCUUCACAGGAGGCUCCCAAGCACUCAGGAUGUCACCUAGACAGGGGACGAAACGUCUGCAACACAAAUUCCCAGCUCGGCAAACAGAACCACAACAACGAGCACCCAAGCUACAAAUCUUCUCCCAAACUUUGCGUCAAUGUAUUUUAUCGAUGGUGCGUCAUGCAGGCACAAUAUGCAGAUGGUGUGUAUUGUAUUCAAUGACAGGGAAUAUGUCAAAGCAGAUUGCUUUGUCCUUCAUAGUUUACUUUGUAGCAGCUCUCAUCUAAGAACAUGUACUGUAUUAUGUUGUGCUCCUCAUAGAAGUUUUUGCUGGAGUGGUCAAGUGGUGAGCCAUCAGUUACUGAUUGCAGAAAACCAAUUGUUUGCCCUAUGAUUGUACUUUGGGAAUUGGAGAUCACCAAGGUUUGUUGGUACUUAACAAGACUCUUCUCUUGAUUGUUAAAAAUCACACAACGCCAGGUUAUAGUUCAGCAGGUUUAUUUGGAAGUACUAGCUUUCGGACCGCUGCUGCUUCGUCAGGUAGCUAGCUUUCUACGGAAUUUACAGUAAAUAGAUUUUGGUCGCUACACCAUAACUCACCACAAAAUCUGGGCAACUCUGCUAGGAAUUUUGUCUGGUUUUCUCUCUCAAGAUUUGUGACAGAAGUUGUGAUUAGGUCUUUAUCUUGGGUUGUUACUGGAAAGUUGUCCUUUUACUUUAAAAGAGCCAUUUGUACUGCCCAUUAAAUUGAAGACCACUGCCAGAAUGUGGAAAAAAGAAAUUCAAAAGUUUUAAUGUUUUGUCAUUAUAUUGGAAAUGCUUAUGGAAAGGUUAGAUAGAAAAUUGUGCGUUAGCUUAUGUAAGACAAGGCAAAACAAAAAAGAAGAGAAAGAUAAAAGGGACAGUAAUAUAAGUCCAUUGUAUUUGUAUUUUUAACCCCAACUGUUAAAAUGCAGCACAGUAAAUAGUUGUUAAUAAUUUGAAUGCCUUUUGUAGUAUUAAUGUAGUAAUAAUUGAAAACAUACAAAACCAUUUAGCAGAAGAAGAUUAGGAUUUCCUUCAAUCUGUGGUUAUGAGAUGCUUUGAUCAAGACGUUAAAGUUAUUGUAGACUAAAUGCAGAUGCAUCAUCAAAUUCUGUCAUCAUAACUUGAAUAGAAAAAUCAUUGGAAGAAUUCCCAUCAGCUUCUAUUGACAAUUAAACAAGUGACUAUUAUGUUCAAGAAAUGCUAAAAGCAAUAGUAGUAACUUUAUCGCCUAUAAGCUGACACCUUGAUGCAAUCAAAUGUAACUUGAUGAAAAUGAAAUGCAUUUAACUACUGUACAAUGUUCAGUUUUAGUUCAGUGCAUCCUUUGUUUGCCAAAAGAAAAUAUAUUGUUUUACAAAUAGAAGUAAAUGCAGCACACAGAUAUUGAAGCUGGCUGAUUUUAUCAAUGGAAAUGUUCAUAAAUUUUAUUUGUUUUAGUUUUUAAAAUUGUGCUUUGGCUUUUUUUAAGCUUAAACUUGUAAUU